CAGGACAGAAAAUGAAGUUGGGAUACAGCGGCGCGGCGUGGCGUGUUCAAUAAACUUGUUCAUUCGUUUUCUGUCUUAUUAGAGAGACGACAUAAAAAGUUAAGUGCUGCGGCCAUCGUCUUGUCGCCGCAUUUAUAGUCAACGUCAACGUGUCCUGCGAUCAUUACAUGCAUUACUAUCAUAGAGCCAGGACGCCUCACUUCCCUUCGAAAUAUUGACGUUUUGUCAUCUGUGAUAUAACGAUACUCGGUAUCGCGGUAAUUUUUAGGUUAAAUCAGCUACCUGUGAUCUGCGAAACUUUCUAAGAAGAAAUAUUUUCGCACAGUGCCUGCUCGUUUCAGUGAAAGACUUAGACUAAUUUACAAACAAUAAUGGAGUCUAAAUUAACUACCAACUUGGACAUUAUGCCGAAUUAUUCGUACGUUUUCGAAUUUGAAAAUGAGUUUCAACAUAGUAAGUGUAGGCAGUGGAUGACAGAAAAUUGGACUGUGGCUUUUUAUUAUGUGGGGAUUUACAUGGCCUUCAUUUUUGGGGGUCAAUACUACAUGCAGAACCGACCCAGGUUCGAGCUCCGGCGCACCCUGAUGGUGUGGAACUGCGGCCUGGCUGCGUUCAGCAUCAUGGGCGCAUGUCGGAUGCUGCCCGAGUUCUACCACGUGCUAAAGAACCACGGCUUGUACUACUCCAUCUGUGUGCCAAGUUUCAUCGAGGUGGACCGCGUGGCCGGCUUCUGGACGUACAUGUUCGUGCUGUCCAAGCUGCCUGAGCUCGGGGACACGGUGUUCAUAGUGCUGCGCAAGAAGCCGCUCAUAUUCCUCCACUGGUAUCACCACAUAACGGUGCUGCUAUACACCUGGUAUUCCUUCACGGAGUACACCUCGUCGGCGCGCUGGUUCGUCGUCAUGAACUACUGCGUGCACAGUGUGAUGUACUCGUACUACGCGCUAGUAAGCAUGGGCAAGUACCCGCCUCGGGCGUUCGCGAUGCUUAUCACUGCCUUGCAGCUCACGCAGAUGGUCGUAGGCUGCGCCAUCAACAUAUGGGCCGCCAACUACAUAGCCACUGCCCCGCCUCACACCUGCCACAUCAGCAACAUCAACCUCAAACUCUCGAUGGCCAUGUACUUCUCCUACUUCGUUCUCUUCGCACAGUUCUUCUACAAGGCCUAUCUCUCCUCGAAACCGGGUAAGAAGGCCAAAGUGGAACCUUUACCCGAAGCGCCACGGAUGAAGAAAGUCGCAGCUCAGUACGAAGCGUUCCCGCGGCAAAGGAACGGCGUGGUGGCGCACUAGUCGCCUUGUGAUAGUUAGCUUAGUGUACGGGUCACGGCUGUGUGCUGGGCUUUGCCGUCUUUCAGGCUUUAAUCGUAUUCCUCAUGUGAAUCUUUCUCUUUCUACCACAUACAAGUAUCGGUCUCUAGAGCGAGACAGAUUGCCUAAUGCGGAUCAGAGUUAGCUCCGUUCUCCACAGCGAGAACAUAGCUAACGCGGUAACUUGUAUGUGGUAAAAAGAAGAUUAACAGGAAAAUGUCAAAGGACACGCCUAAUGAUUUAUGGUAACUUACCAUUAACAACUUUAACUCUCAAUCGGGCGUCGUUUUUGAUUUUUCGAUUGUUUGAGUGCUAGCGAAUUGGUUUCGACUAGACUAGUCGAUCCCGUUCGAGGGUUAAAGUAUUCGUCUCGGAUGACAGUCGAAUGUCAAGGUCGAUGUAAGGAAACUUCUGCGGGUGACGGCUACUGUUAGUGCCAUUAGUGCAAUUAACACACAAUCGUGCGAAUCGCAUAAUCUAUCGAUUGGAUAAAAUCACUAUUGAUUCGUCGACGUCGAUCUUGUAAUUUAUGCUUUUAAUAUUGUUUGCCUUUAAGAAUAUUUUAUUUAUUAUUGGGCGUAGUCAAAUAUUCAGAGAGGCUUCCAACUGGUUUAUCAAUAAAGUGAUUUUAACUGUAUAGGUUGACGUUAAUUUAACAUCGGAAACAAACAUAAACCGGUAACAUCACGAACCUGUUAAAUGUGUAUCACGCAUAUGUCUUUAUAAUGCUCGUGAUAUUGGCACUUACACGUGUUGUGGUAAAUGUACCUCGC